CUCUUUCUGUGCUAAGCAGCCUUGCUUUGGCGGAUGCUUGCGUUAGCUGGCUGCAAGCGGAGUCCGGCUGGUCAUGUGAGGCUGACACGCCUGACGAGCAGCCAGCCUCCUUUCCUCCCGCCCGAGGCGAGCCGCCGCCGCCGCCUCCUUUCCUCCCUCCCACCCUGGCGCUGGGAGCAGGCGGGAAUAGAGUGAGCGCAAGCUAACGCGGGCAGCCAAUGGUUUGGCCACACGAGGCCCCGGACUGAAGUCUGGAGUUCCUUCUGAGUCGACCGUGUCCGUCUCGUCUCUUCACCUCUUCGCUGUCAGUUUGCGCUUGGACGCCCGAUCCCACGCUGUUCCCGGGCACUUUGUAGAUUGAGCGGGGUAGCUGGAGCGGGGUUUUUUGUUUGGAGGGGCAGAUUUCAGAAUCCAUUUUAGGGGAACUUUGCUGAGCAGGGUGGAUAACGCUGGAGACUGUCGACAUCUGCAGCUUGGUUCUUUUCUCUGUUCUCCUGUCCGUUGGUUCUUACUUUGGAUUACUUUGGGAAACUUUGCUUGGAGUGGGAAGUUGGAUUGGAACGACUUUGCUUUUUUCAGCGCGAGCCCUCUUCACGUGGAUUUUUUGCCCCCUUCUGGUGGGUAUUGUGUUAGCGCUGGCUGCCUCCAAGCCUGGAGUUUCUAGGAGGGCCCACUGUUAUGGAGUGUUUUUGUUUCUAUGGAGAAACGCAAUGAGCUGUUCUGCUCCUCAUGACGGGGAAAUCCGCCUUCAGUUUUUUAUAUGCCUGGAAAGGAGUCCUUGAUACAUGUCUGCCAGGAAACAAAACCAACAAAAGAAAAGAAAUGAGCCGUCAGACUGCUACAGCACUUCCUACGGGUACCUCCAAGUGUACACCAUCCCAGAGGGUACCUGCAUUGACUGGCACCACUGCAUCCAACAAUGACUUGGCUAGCCUCUUUGAGUGUCCUGUGUGUUUUGACUAUGUAUUGCCACCUAUUCUGCAGUGCCAAAGCGGCCACCUUGUUUGUAGCAACUGUCGUCCCAAGCUCACAUGCUGUCCAACUUGCCGAGGCCCAUUGGGCUCUAUUCGUAACUUGGCUAUGGAAAAAGUUGCCAAUUCUGUACUGUUCCCUUGUAAAUACGCCUCCUCUGGCUGUGAGAUAACGUUGCCUCACACCGAGAAAGCAGACCACGAAGAGCUUUGUGAAUUUAGGCCUUAUUCAUGUCCGUGCCCUGGUGCUUCUUGUAAGUGGCAAGGAUCUCUGGAUGCUGUCAUGCCCCAUCUCAUGCACCAGCACAAGUCAAUCACGACGCUACAGGGAGAAGAUAUUGUUUUCCUCGCCACAGACAUUAACCUUCCUGGUGCUGUUGACUGGGUUAUGAUGCAGUCUUGUUUUGGCUUUCAUUUCAUGUUAGUAUUGGAGAAACAGGAGAAGUACGAUGGUCACCAGCAGUUCUUUGCAAUUGUACAGCUGAUAGGAACACGGAAGCAAGCUGAAAAUUUUGCUUACCGGCUAGAGCUGAAUGGUCAUAGGCGGCGAUUGACUUGGGAAGCAACACCUCGAUCGAUUCAUGAAGGGAUUGCGACUGCCAUCAUGAAUAGUGACUGUCUAGUCUUCGACACCAGCAUCGCACAGCUUUUUGCAGAGAACGGCAAUUUAGGCAUCAAUGUGACGAUUUCGAUGUGUUGAAACUGCAAUCCAUCCAGCAUUUUGAGGCCAGUGUCUUGGGAGGGGGGCACCCCAACCCCACCAUUGCAUUCAGUUUCAUAGAAAAUCAAGGUAAACAUCUUUGGCUGCCGGAUGUGAACAGUUUAACAGGGAGAGGUUGGCGCAUAUUGAAAGUAAAUUAAUGGAAAGGCUGUGGAAAGUACAGGAAACAGUUGCAUGUAAUAACACUAAUAUAUUUAAAAGUAAGUCAGCAGUAAACCACUGAAAUAUAUAUAUAUGUGUGUAUAUAUAUAUUAUACCCAAAAUGGGCAUCUUUUUGUAUUAAGAAUUGAUUCUACGGGAAAGUGUUGUAAAAUAAUUCUAAACUUGUUUGUAGAUUGAUUGUACGUUUUGAAAAGGAAAACUGUUUUGUGUUUCAUUUGUGUUCUUUUUUUUCCUUUGACUGACAAGCCAUGCAAGGCGGUCUGGUGUCUGGCCGUUUUUUUUUCUCCCCCCCCCCCAGCUGACCCCACUCCCAAGUCACUACAUAGUAUUGCUGCUGUUCUUGUGUACAUUUUUGUGUAUUUGCUAAUUUUUAUUAACUUCUAGUUUUUCAUUAAAUAAAUGACUUUCUUUUCUGUAAUUCAGGUUUCCCCCCCUUUUUUUUGUACCUUUUGAAAUUAAUUGCAGGUGUCACCUUCUGCUACUCAUAAUUGAUUAUGGUAAAGUGUAUACUUCUGUAUAUUUGGUAACCCCUUCCCCUUUUCUUUUGUGCAAUACUGCCAUUGGUUAUAUAGUACAGAUUAGUCCUAUGGACCUAUUUGGAAGUUCCGCCUGAAUAACUCUUUGCAGGAUUGCAGCCCUUUCCAGUUUGAUGAUAUUGUCAUUCAUUUGAUGAUAUUGUCAUUCAUAUGACUAUUUUGUGAACAUGAUGGUCUCUGAAGGAGAUGCUAUUGGAUGAAUUCUAAAAAUAAAAAUGGAACCUUUUAAAAUUAUAGAUGCCAUUGGUAUUUAAGUUCAAACCUAACUGCAGGUUCUUGUUUUGUUUGGGGAACGUUCGAAUUUCGAGGAAGUGAAAGUUCAGGCACAUUUUCAAAGAAAUUUAAAGACAGACAUUUAAAGUCAUUCUUGUAUUUAUUGGUUGUGCAGUACAAGAAGGCGUUGUCUAUACAGUAUUUGUAAACUCUGAAGACAGACCAUUUGUUUAAAAGAAGCAGUUGAAAUAAGCUGUGUUUGGUCUUUUUUUAAAUUCUGUCAUUAAAAGAAUUCCUGGCAAACUGAAAA